AACCACAACCAUAAAAGCCCUUCGUUUCUUUCUCUCCCAAAAAUUUCAAUUCUCGUCGUCUUUAAUUUCCAGUUUGUCUUGUCACAAUAGGAGUCUAGAGAGGCAUAAUUUCCACAUCCAUUUUCCUCUCUCUUACAUAGAGCCAAGGCUACCUAGCUAGUUAUAGCCUAUCAUAUUACCCAACUAAACUAAACCACACAAAGCCAGCCCCUUGUAUUAAUUUUAAAUCCUAAAUCCGGUGCUCAAUUAGUGCAUAUAUAGCAAGUUUACCAGAAGGAAAUAUUUAUUUGAUGAUGAAAAACCCAGAAUCAAGCCUGCCACCAGGGUUUAGGUUCCACCCCACAGAUGAAGAGCUCAUCCUUCACUACCUUACAAAGAAGGUGGCCUCCACACCCUUACCCGUUUCCAUCAUCGCGGAAGUUGAUAUCUACAAGUUUGAUCCAUGGGAAUUACCAGCCAAAGCUGCGUUUGGUGAGAAAGAAUGGUACUUCUUUAGUCCUAGAGAUCGCAAGUACCCGAAUGGCGCAAGGCCAAACAGGGCAGCCGCGUCAGGGUACUGGAAGGCAACAGGAACAGAUAAGACGAUUGUGGCGUCAUUAGGAGGACGCCAGAACGUUGGUGUGAAGAAGGCUCUUGUCUUCUACAAGGGAAGACCCCCUAAAGGAAUCAAGACCAACUGGAUCAUGCAUGAAUAUCGCCUUCCAGAGAAUCCAAACAACUACACCACCACCACCAAAACCAUGAAGCUCAAAGAUUUAUCCAUGAGGUUGGAUGAUUGGGUUCUCUGUCGAAUCUACAAGAAGUCCAACGUCUCAAGUUCAGCAGCGGUGCCGCCAAUCGAUCAUGAAGAAGAAGUUGAAGAAGAAGAAGAUUUUCUCCAUGAUGUCCUGUUACCAAGCCUGAAAAGUCCCCUUCCCGGCCUUGGUCACAACAUGAGUACUAAUAAUACUGGUCUCAAGCCCCAGAAAUCUUCUUCCUUCUCCAACUUACUAGACGUCAUGGACUACUCAUUACUCACUAGUUUUCUGGCGGAUGGCCAAUACUCUAACCCAACUGGAACCGGACUCCAAUCAACUCCGAAUAGGUUUCCCUGUUCCGGGACUACUGGUUUAGACCAGAAACCGCUGUUCAUUAAUGACUAUUCCAAUAUCAGCAGCAGCAGCAGCAGCAACAGUCAUUUGCUUCAAAAGCUCCCUCAAUUCAAUGGUUUGAACUUGCCAGGAAUCCCAAGCACCGAAAACCGGCUCAAGCGCCAUGAUCAUCCAAUUGCAGAUGAUCAUGGUCUACUAUACCCAUCAAAGAAAUACGUCAAUUCUAAUUGCAGUUUCAAUAACGCAACGAUUCAGUCCGACAAUAUCUCUCAAGGACACUUACUCAACCAUUCAUUGUUGAAUCAUCAGCAAUUAGUAUUGAGUAGUCCUCAGUUCCAGUUUCAAGAAUAAAACCAAAAUUAAAUCAAAAAAAUUUACAUUCAUAAAGAAAAGGAAGAAAAAGAAUACCUAGGGUUGAGCAUGCCAAGCUUUGGUCAAGUUGUACAAGUAGAACAUGCUAAGCUAGGGUUGAAUUUGCAGAUGAGAUUUUCACACUGUAGAUAUAUAGGUACUCGGUAUAUGAAUAUUUAUGAGAUCAAUUGGCAGGAGAAUCUUCUUCUUCUUCCCAAUUAAUUGUGAUUUCAAUUCCCCAUCUCAAUCAAUAUUCAACCUGUAAAGUGUGAAAGGAUUUCCACCACUGUUGUCUCAUGUGGCACCAUUUACCACUUUAUUCAAAUUGGAUUUUUUGAGUUAUUUUUAA